CUUCCCUUGCUCAAAAAAAAAAAAAAACAUAGAUCCCUUCCCCGAAAAAAGAAAAAACGAAUCCCAUUAAAUUUCCCUUGAACCUGGAAUUACGUACCGAGGCUGAAAGCGAAAGAAGACAAAAAAGAAAAAGAAAAAAUGAACAAAACUAUGCCUUAAUUGCAGCAUUUACAGAAUUUUAAAUGAAGACAGCGAACCUAAUUUCGAUGUUUUUGAAGUCACCAUUUUCAAACAAGGCCACCCUGUUCUCCCGCAGACCAAUCAUGGCCUCCUCCCUUUUCCUCCACCCCGCCGGCGCCGCGGCCCCAUUUCGCGCCCUCGCUUUCUCCACCAAAGCCACGCCGCCGCAGCACGAGAGCUUCACGCCGCCGCCGGACCAGGAAAAGAAGUCUUUCGCCGUCGCCACGGGGGAGCUCUUCCUCGGCAUCGCGGCUCGGAUUCUGAAUAGGAACGGGAAAAUUGUGGACGGCGGGGUGCCGGCGGCGGAGAUGUUCGUGGGGGAUGAGAAGGAGAGGGAGUGGUGGUGGAGGCAGCGGAGGAAGGAGGGGAUUGGGGCCGUGGUGGAGGACCCGGUUGAGCCGGACGUAGUGUGGGAGCAGGGGGAGAAAGACGUGGAGGCGGAGCGGCGGCGCAAGGCCGUUACUAGCCCUGGGUUUAGCUUCUCCGCCGCGGGGCUCUUGUUCCCCUAUCACCUUGGGGCGGCUCGGCUUCUCAUUGAGAAGGGUUAUAUCAAGGAAACAACGCCAUUGGCUGGUUCGUCUGCUGGUGCUAUUGUGUGUGCAGUGAUAGCCUCAGGAGCCAGCAUGGAGGAGGCACUCAGGGCUACCAAGAUAUUGGCUGAUGAUUGCAGGCUUCGAGGGACUGCAUUCCGCCUUGGGGCUGUUCUUAGAGAUGUUUUGGACCAGUUUCUGCCAGACGAUGCUCAUAUCAGGUCCAAUGGAAGAGUUCGUGUUGCUGUGACGGAGAUUCUCUGGAGGCCGAGGGGUGUACUUGUCGAUCAAUUUGAUUCUAAAGAAGAUCUCAUCAAUGCAGUUUUCACCUCCUCUUUCAUUCCUGGAUAUCUUGCUCCAAGGCCAGCAACAAUGUUCCGCAAUCGUUUAUGCAUAGACGGGGGUUUGACAUUGUUCAUGCCACCAACCUCUGCUGCUCAGACGGUGCGGGUUUGUGCAUUUCCUGCUGGUCGUUUGGGACUGAAAGGAAUCGGAAUCAGCCCCGAUUGCAACCCGGAGAACAGGGCUAGUGCCCGAGAGCUUUUCAAAUGGGCGCUGGAGCCAGCUGCAGACGACGUUCUUGAUAGGCUUUUCGAGCUUGGAUAUCUAGAUGCAGCUGUGUGGGCGGAGGAGAAUCCAGUGGAAGGAAUAGUUCGAACUGAUCAUGAAAUUAGCCCGGCAAACAAGUAACUGGUAAAAUCAGCCAUCAAUAUUAUUAACUGUAAAACUUCUGGACAGCGAUACUUGUUCAAGACAAAUGGAUGUAAGUAUAGAAUAUAUAGAUAAAAAGGAGAGCAAAUUGUGAUGGGGAUAUAUAGGGAUGUGGUGUGGAGGAAUAAUGAGCAAGUUCGAUGCUCCCUACCACGUCCUAUGUGUUUUUUUGGGGUUGCUCUUUUCAUAGAGAUGUGCGAUGCGAUGUAUGAGAGACAUCAAAAUAUAGAGUUUGAAUUCUUUUAUGUACACUAUAAAUUGUUAUGUAGUAAUUCAUUUUUGGGCUUCAA